AUGCCAAUUCCUUCCUCACGCCUUCCCCCCACCCACAUUUAGACUCUACGAGACACACCAUCACGCCACCGAGUGGUACUAGCCUCUUUGCACGGCAACUCGGAGCGAAAAGCUCUUUUUACCUCAUCUUCUCCUCUUGUUCGUCUUGCUCUGUUUCUUUCUUGUUCUCUCCUGGACUUGUGGUCGGAGGUGGGAUUGAUUUGGGUGACAUGGUGCAACACCAUAGGGCCACCCUCCUGCUGCACCAGCAGCAGAGGAAAGGGGAUGCGACGGCAGAGGAGGGGCAGCAGCUGGUGGCCGAGGAAGGAGCCGGCAAGAUGAAGGAGCUCCGGCGCCGGCUCGUGGACUACGCGUGCCACCACCGGAAGCACGGCCACGACGCGCUGCUGCGGAUGCUCGCGGGGUUCGCGCUUGUCUCCUGCCUGCUGCUGCUGCUGCCAGGGAGCCCUUUCUCAGCCGCGGUCGACGACCUGCUGCAGAUGGGGAGGACGCGCCUGGACGACGAGACGCCGCCGCCGCCGCCGUGCGCGGCCGUGUCCAACGGCACCAUCUGCUGCGACCGCACCGCCAUGCGUACGGACGUGUGCAUCAUGCGCGGGGACGUCCGGACGGAGGCCGCUUCCAAUUCUCUCUUCUUGCUCGUGCCGCCGCCGGACAAUUCCACCGCCGCCGCUGGCCGGGACGAGCGCAUCCGCCCUUACACCCGGAAGUGGGAGUCCAGCAUCAUGAGCACCAUCGACGAGCUCCGGCUCCGUGCCGUGCCCGAGGGGGGUGCGGCGCCGGCUAGCUGCGACGUCCGGCACGACGUCCCAGCCGUCGUGUUCUCCACCGGCGGGUACACCGGCAAUGUGUACCACGAGUUCAAUGACGGCAUAAUCCCGCUCUACAUCACCGCGCGCCAGUACAACAAGAAGGUGGUGUUCGUCAUGCUCGAGUACCACGACUGGUGGAUGACCAAGUACGGCCACAUCGUCGAGCAGCUCUCCGAUUACGCGCCUAUCGACUUCACCAACGACCGCCGCACCCACUGCUUCCCGGAGGCCGUCGUUGGGCUGCGCAUCCACGACGAGCUCGCCAUCGACGCCGCACGAAUGCCGGGCAACCGUACCAUCCAGGACUUCCGUCGGAUGCUCGACGACGCAUACCGCGGCCGCAUACAGAUGAUCAUCGAGGAGGAGGAGAAGGCCGCGGCGGUGGCCUUGGGGACGCCGACCCAAGGCAGCAUCAGGAAGAAGAGCGCGCUCAAGGACGACAAGCCACGACUGGUGAUCGUGUCACGGAACGGGUCGCGCGCGAUCGAGAACGAGGCCGAGCUGGUGCGUGCAGCUGCUGGCGCCGGGUUCCGCGUCGCCGUGCUCCAGCCUCGUCAGGAUACGGAGCUCGCCAAGAUGUACCGUGCUCUGAACGCAUCGGACGUCAUGGUGGGCGUGCACGGCGCGGCCAUGACGCACUUCCUCUUCAUGCGGCCGGGCUCCGUCUUCAUCCAGGUCGUUCCGCUCGGCACCGACUGGGCCGCCGAGACAUACUACGGCGAGCCGGCGCGGCGGCUCGGGCUGCGGUACAUGCCGUACAAGAUCAAGCCGGCGGAGAGCUCGCUGUACCGGCAGUACGCCAAGGAUGACGCGGUGCUCACCGACCCGGACACCGUGAACGCCAAGGGGUGGCAGGUCACCAAGAAGGUUUACCUCGAUGGCCAGAACGUGCGGCUGGACAUGGUACGGUUCCGUCGCCGGCUGCGCGACGCGUACGACCACUGGGCGGAGCUGAGGAGGCGCCACAACGCGGACAGUACUGAGACGGAACAGCGGAAACCAUGGUAGGAGUAGGAGUAGCAUGGUCUCCUACCGAGUUCUUUUGAUUAAUUCUUUCUCUUUUUGACACAUAUACAUGGUUAAUUCAAAUACUGUAUAGAGAAAUUCAGGGAGAUAGUUGCUUUACAUGCCACCAGUUUGAUGGGAUGAGUGACACUUGUUAAUGGACUACAGCUGUUAAUGUACAUACUCAUAAAUUGGUAACAGGAGCAAAAACAAACGCAGGUACAAAGGUUUUUGUGUAGUA